UGAAAGCGAGCCAAAAGCAAGGACCUUCUCUAAACUACAUUUACCAUCAUGCACCUGUGCAACAACACGGAAGUUCUUGUUUUGAUGGCCGCAGCAGCUACUUUACUAAUGUUUACGAAAUACAAGACUUUUAGUGUCGAGGGUUUUAUAAAUACAGGUUUGUAGAUGCUGCUUUCAUGGAGAUCCGUGCCUCCUCGUGUGGCAGUAGGAAGAUGUGCCUCUACAGUACAAGCUAGUGUGCAAAGAUUUGUUCCUGCAAGUGGCUCAAUUGACUCCAGUGCUUUGGAACAAGUCCAGGCCUUUGUGUCGCAGGCUUCUCGUCUGUUUGUGAUAAGCGGUGCCGGACUCUCCACUGAAUCUGGGAUUCCAGACUACAGAUCAGAAGGUGUGGGGCUGUAUGCACGGACAGACAGGCGGCCGAUGCAACACUCAGAGUUUGUGCGCAGUGCGAAAUCUAGGCAACGAUACUGGGCCCGGAACUACAUGGGGUGGCCUCAGUUCUCCUCACACCAGCCGAAUCCAGCGCACUUCGCAUUACGAGACUGGGAGGAAAAGGGAAAGCUGCACUGGCUCGUCACUCAGAAUGUAGAUGCAUUACACUCAAAGACUGGGCAGCAGAAACUAACUGAACUUCAUGGAUCUACACAUAGGGUUGUGUGUUUGGACUGCGGGCAGCUGACUCCACGUGCUGAGCUUCAGAAACGUUUCGUAGCUCUUAACCCUGGCUGGGCAGCAAGUGCAGGCGCUGUGGCCCCAGAUGGAGACGUGUUUCUGGAAGACGAGCAGGUGCUGAACUUCGUAGUACCUUCAUGUGGUGCCUGCGGGGGUGUACUCAAACCUGAGGUGACGUUCUUUGGUGACGUAGUGAACCGGACUACAGUUCACUUCGUGUAUAACAAGCUGGCUGAGUCUGAUGCUGUGCUUGUGGCUGGAUCUUCUCUCCAGGUUUUUUCAGGGUACCGCUUUCUCCUUGCUGCUAGUGAAAGAAAGCUUCCAAUAGCCAUCGUGAAUAUAGGACCCACUAGAGCUGACCACCUGACUGACAUCAGGGUGAGUGCACGCUGUGGAGAAGUGCUGCCAGCCAUCCAACUCUGAGAAAUGAGAGUUAUUCUGACCCUCAGUACUCGACUCAUCACUGGAACAUAGAUUUGGUUUGGUUGUAGGCUGCUUGCAUAAUACAACUAAUCUCUACCUCAAGUUAUGGAAUUAUUAUAAUAUACAUAUUCAUUAGCUAGAGUUUUAAGUGUGAAUUCUUUCAGAGCAUCUCAAGAAUCAGUGUGGGAAACGGCAUGGAUCAUGAAUUCUUUUAUUUACUCAUAAAUGUCUAUUUAUUAGUAAAUUUACUUCAAAAUGGUUAUUGAUGAAUGGCUAUUUAAAUACGUAUUUUUGAAAAUGUUAAUGUACUAGGAUUGCAUUGGAACACAUUAAAAAUAUACAUUUUAAUAAUUUGUUCUGCCUGGAAAUAUGUAAUACACAUUAUUUCAAUGCAGUUUUACAGAAAAUCAUGGUUUCUAAUGUCUUAAUAUAUUUGUGUUUUAUAGAUGCAUUGUAAAUUUAUAGAUUCAUAGAGCAGUUUAGAACUAGCCAACAAUAUAUUUUACAUUUUCAACAAUUUUUCUCAAGCAGUUGAAAUCUGUAUUCACUUUACUUGAGUACAAUGUAUAUAAGAUAUUAAAAGAUUUUGUUUUUUGGAUUAAAGGGAAACCUUGGAGUAAAAA